AUGACUGAGUUCAAUGACGAAUGGUUUUAUGGAUCCCCAAAAAACAAAAAGAAGAAGGAGGAAGACCCUGACGACUCAUUUGAAAAUGAAGGUUCUCUGAAGAAGACUCCAACGCGGGCUCAAUCCAGAAGAGACUCCCUAGUUGAGCAAAGUUUGGGUUGCUUCGAAACGUUCUCCAGACAGAGAUUAGCUAUUGAGUUUCUCAAGUCGAGUGAGCAACUUCAUCGGAAUCUUCGAAUUUUCAGUUAUGAAUUCAUUGAUAAAACAGAAGGAGAGAGAAGGUAUUUGGUAACCACGCUAUCACGGUUCUGGCUUUGGUACAAAGUGAAAUCUCAGAGACAUAUAUACGAACUGCUUUAUGAAGAGUUCCCUUGUAGACUAUAUUUUGAUCUCGAAUUCUACAAGGAUGCCAAUCCUGAUAUUAACGAAGAGGUCAUGUAUAGUCAUUUCUGUGAAGUAGUUCGAGACGAACUGAAGAGUACAUUCGACAUCAGCAUAACCCCGGAGAAAAAUUUUUUGGUACUUGACUCAUCAUCGGAAAGUAAAUUCUCUGCUCAUGUGAUUUGUCAUUUUGAUGAUGGAAGUCUCUUCCCUAACUCGGCUUCUCUGAGAAGAUUCUGCCAUGAUCUGACAGAGAAACUCAAAGCAAGUUCUCCUCACAAGUUAGUCGAUUCGUCAGGAGAGAAGGAGGUUACAAUAAUUGAUCCUGCGGUAUACACGAAGAAUAGAAAUUUCCGCUUGUUCUUAUCCUCAAAACUGGGCAGUGAUAGAGUUUUGAAAGUUUCAAAACUUUGCAAGUUUUACGAAAAGAUGAAACCAACAGAUGAUGUAAUCUUCUAUGAUUCGCUUUGUAUUCCUGCAAACUUUGACAAGUAUCCUUUGAUAAAAAUAGAAGAGAAAGUUGGAGAUCCAAUUACCAAAAAUUCAAAUUCGAGCUCUUCGAAAUAUGAUUCGUCGCGGGAAGGAUGUGGUCCUUCACCUUUCCCUCAAUUGGAUGAUUUUAUUUUGAUGAUUCUGCGCAAGUGGAAAUCAAAUGUUUUCAUUCGGCAAUGGAAGGUGCAUGAUGUUGAUGGAAAUCCAGAAACCGUUACAUACUAUCCGGGAAACUGUCGAUUUUGCUUCAAUAUCAACCGAGAGCAUAAAAGCAAUGGAUCCUAUUGGACAGUUGACCUCAAAAGGGGAAGUUUUGUUCAAAAGUGUUUCGAUCCUGAAUGUCGAGGAGCACGUUCAAACGAUUUCCCUCUCCCUGAUUUUAUGAAAAACGCUCUGAAACUGAAAGAAGUACAGCAUCAGGACUCUUUCGAUGAGAACGAUUCGUUCUCAGAAGGAAACAAUGAUCACUAUGAGUAUUUUACCAAUUGGGAUCAAGUUUUCGAGAGUUGA